UGAUAGUAUGGUUUAGGAAAAUAUAGCACAAAGACAAUUUUAUCGAUAAAAAUUGGGAUCGUCACAAUUCUCCAUUAUAUAUACCUCCCAUUCCUUUCAAUUUUCCAAACCAAUUUCUCUUCUAGUUUUCUUUCAAGCAUUUUAUCAAACAGUUUCUCUACACCUUUAAAGAUUCAUAACUAUGAUUAGCAAUUUUGAAUCUGAUGUUAAAUAUCUGCAGAACCCAUCUUUGAUUUCUCAAUUCUUUUCUCUUUCGAAUAUCGAAAAUGUUCCUGCAGUUUACAGUUUCUGGAAAUGGGGUGCUCUGUUUUUCGCCAUAUUUGUUACAUUUAGUACUUUAUUUGGAAGAAUUAAGUUUACAUUCAUUUACUUACGUAGAAUUGAGCCUUCUGAUGAGCCUAUUCUUCAGUAUCUUAGCGAAGACUUCGACUUUUCUGAUGAUGACGACGAUGAAUGCUCGUCCGUGUCUUCGAAUGAUGAAGAGAUAAUUACACCCAAAGGUGAUCGAGAUUUUUCUGUGGCGGGUGGGAAAAAGAGUAUUUUAAGACUUAUAAGGCGACGGAGCAGCUAUGGAUUGUUUCCGUUAACUGAAUUUGUCGCCGGAAAAAAUGUUGUAAAGCUCUGGGAUUUGAAUAUUGAAGAAAAGAUGAGUGAAUUUCGGACGUUGCCAUCGCCGUCGCCGGCGAUGGUUUUUUGGUCCGAAUUGAGAGAUGAGAGGAACGGCGUUGUUUUAGCUGGUUACGACGCGAGAAUGAGGCAUCAGUCGCCGGCGAUAUUUGCCGGUUGGGGUACAGGAAAAGUGGUGGGUAUCGGCGGUGUUGAGAAAGUGUACGUUAGAGAUGAAGUCGCCGGAGUUGUAAAGGUCGGUGAUAUGAGGAAAGCGAAAACGCCGGUGGAGAUGGCGACGGCGGUCGACGAUGGAAUGUGGUGGAACGCCGGCGCCGUUAUCGUUGACGAUGACUUCGUUAGACAUAAAUUUAUUUAGGUGCUAAUUUAUUUGGCGAUUGAUUUAACGAUGAAAUUUGUAAUUAAUUUUAAUAUUCUUUUUAUAGCUAACUAAAUUAGCUUAUCAUUAAAAAAAAAAUUGUAUUAUAGUUGAUGGAAGAAAAUCCUUCCUUCUAGUCUGUACAUAUAAUUACUUCGUAGUAUCAAAA